CAUCAUCAUCAUCAUCAUCAUCAUCAUCAUCAUCUCUUCUCUUAUAGCCAAACAGAUUCAGAGAGAGAGAGAGAGAGAGAGAUGGGGAGAGCUCCGUGCUGUGAGAAGAUGGGGUUGAAGAGAGGGCCAUGGACUCCUGAAGAAGAUCAAGUCUUGAUCUCUUUCAUCCUCCACCAUGGCCAUAGUAACUGGAGAGCGCUCCCUAAGCAAGCUGGUCUGUUGAGAUGUGGAAAGAGUUGCAGACUUCGAUGGAUGAACUACCUCCGACCAGAUAUCAAGCGAGGAAAUUUCACCCAAGAAGAAGAGGACACCAUCAUCAACUUGCAUCAAAUGCUUGGCAACAGAUGGUCUGCAAUUGCGGCAAAAUUGCCCGGAAGAACAGAUAACGAGAUCAAGAACGUGUGGCACACUCACUUGAAGAAGAGACUCAAAGAUUACCAGCCCACGAAACCGAGAUCCGAAAACAGAAAGAUCUCUAAAUCCAAAUCCAAAUCCAAAUCCAAAUCCGAAUCUAAAAAUGCGAGAAUUCUUGGACCGGAACCUGCGAAUUCGCCAAACCCGCCUUAUUACAGCUCUUACUCGCCCUCAUCUUCCACUAGUGACAUUUCUUCUGUAACCCUAAUGAGCGGAGAAAUCGAAGACAACAAGAUCAAAUCUGGAGAAAGCAUCAAACAAGAUUGCUACUUGUUAGAGAAUUUCGACAUAGACAUCGACCAGAAUUUCUGGAACGACACACUGUACAACGACGUCCGAAAUUCCGGGAUUGUCGCGACGGAACCAGCAUUAUAUCUUGAAGCCAGCGGCUUCGACGAGUUUCCGCAAGGGUUUCAGUUCGGUUCUGUCGAUACCCAGACGGUUUUAGAUGGAUAUGGUGAAGGCUAUGUUCACGAAACCGACGACGGGAUGGAUUUCUGGUACGAUCUGCUGGCUAGAACUGGCGGCGACCAAGAUUUACAAGGGUUGUAACGAUUCUUGCGGCACAAGUAACAUCCGAAUCGUGUUUAUGAUAUGUAAUUUUUGUACUAACCAUUAAUAUC